AUGAUGGAGAGGAUAAGAAAAGAGAUGAUAUUGAUGGAGAGAGGUCUGCACAGUCCUGUCGCAGGGAAGAGGCUCGCCGACACACCAGGAAAUUCAGUUCUGGAGGCCCUAGAAAACUCUCAGCACGGUGGACGACUGAGCCCAAGAAUAACUUCGGCUUCUCUUCAUGGAAAUCUUGGGGACAUUCCGACCAAGAACAAAUUUGAAAUUGACAGUCUUUUCGGUACACACCAUAACAGCGAAAAUACCUCUUCGGCGGAGAUUUCUUCAUCGGAAAGUAGGAAGAAAAUGAGUCUUUACUCUGAAGUUUCGCAAGAAUCAGAUAUAAACAGUGAUGUGGAGGUGGGUUGCCCUGCGCAUCGCUCCCCCAGCCAACAUAAAGAGAACAACAAAGGGUUUUCAGACAGUAAUUCGGGAUCUUCCAACACAAGCUCGAGCUCUCUCUCUAAUAUGAAUGGUAAUUCAACGGGAGGAUCAAAUAAUUCCAACGCCGACCAAGUCAGAAGGUAUCGGACUGCUUUCACUCGAGAACAAAUCGGAAGACUGGAAAAGGAGUUUUACAGGGAAAAUUACGUUUCCAGACCGAGGAGAUGUGAAUUAGCCGCUGCGCUAAAUCUACCCGAAACUACAAUUAAGGUGUGGUUCCAGAACAGGCGCAUGAAGGAUAAAAGGCAGCGUUUGGCUAUGUCCUGGCCCCAUCCUGCUGAUCCCAGCUUCUACACUUACAUGAUGACGCACGCGGCAGCUACAGGAAGUCUACCUUACCCUUUCCACUCGCACAUGCCUCUACACUACUACCCGCACGUCGGUGUCACGGCAGCAGCAGCGGCCGCCGCCGCCACCGGUGCCGCCUCGUCACCUUUCGCCACUUCCAUCCGCCCCCUCGAUACAUUCCGGGCACUUUCGCAUCCUUACUCGCGGCCCGAGCUCCUUUGCAGCUUCAGACAUCCAGGACUGUACCAGUCGCCCGCAGGCCUGAAUAGUUCAGCCGCGGCAUCAGCAGCGGCGGCAGCAGCAGCAGCGGCCGCAGCGGUCAGCGCCCCUUCAGCCACCGGUCCCUGCUCGUGCCUCAGCUGCCACAGCAGCCAGGCGGCGAGUGCGCUGGGCUCCAGGAGCACCAGCGCUGACUUUACCUGCACAGCUUCCACGCAAAGAUCCGAGAGUGGAUUUUUGCCGUAUUCUGCUGCUGUACUCAGCAAGACCUCAGUCCCAUCACCAGACCAACGGGAGGACACUUCACUUAACAGAUAA